AUGUUCAUCAAUAAAAAUAAAAGGAGAAAACUACAAAGAAAGAGGCAGAAAGAAAGGUUGAAAGCAGCUGGCCUUUGGCCAAAGAUAAAGAGUGUAGAGUUAACAAAUCAGCCUGAGACAGGGAUGGCGAAUGCAGUGGAGCAGUCCAUUGCGCAAAGCGAGGAAGAGCUGAAGAAAACAGAGGACUUGUUGGAUUUCCUGCAAGCUACUCAAGAGAUCUACUUCACUGAAAACAAAUCACCAUGUGCAGAUUCUGCUCUGUCCACUGAACUGGUGCUGGAAAUAAUUAAUCAAAUCAAGAAUGGUGCAGUUCCUUUCUCUGAACUGUGCCUCUUAUAUCAGCUCAAGAGUCUGCUUCUCCUACAGGAUAUUGAAAGAUUAAAAGAUUCAUUGGACAGCUUCAAAGAACAUUCCUCUAUGCCUCUUGGUCACAAGCUGGCACUACAUUCUCUGUUUUGUUAUUGGAUUUCAGACAUUUUACCAAUAAAGACAAAUAUACAUCUU